GCGCAGAGCGCAGAGCGGGGUCCCGACCGAGCGGGAGGAGUGGGACCAGGCUGCUGCCCACACGCGGAGGGAGCCAGAAGGAGACGCUGCGCAGGGUAGGCGCGCCGCGGGAGCUCAAACUUGGCAACCACCUGCGGCAAGAAGAUGGCCAAGAUUAACACCCAGUACUCCCACCCCAACCCGCCCGGUCCUUGGGUAGUGGCCACAGACAGUGAUCUUGAUCACCUGGAAAACGGCCUGAGCAGGACCCGCGCGCCUGGCGAGGAGACAUGUUCAGGACUGCAGCCAGGGAUCGCCAUGGAGACCGGAGGACAGCCUGAACCCAGGCAAGGCUCCGUCAUCGUCCCCAGCCAGGAGCCUGCCAGGCUGUGGCGCCUCAUCGUCUCGCUGCGCAUAUGGGCUUCCAGACACGCACACCACCGGGACCAGCGACCGGACUCUUUCCUGGAGCGUUUCCGCGGCGCCGAGCUCAAGGAGGUGCCCAGCCGAGAAAGCAGUGCCCGGAGCCAGGGCGGCCAGGAGCCUGCAGACAGCGAGAGGAGGGAGAAGGACGCUGUGGUGCUGGACCCCUCCAGCAACGGGUACUACCGCUGGCUGACCGUCAUCGCCCUGCCUGUCUUCUACAACUGGUGUCUGCUGGUGUGCAGGGCCUGUUUCGACGAGCUGCAGUCCGAGCACCUGGUGCUGUGGCUGGUCCUGGACUACUCGGCGGACGUCCUCUACGCCCUGGAUGUGCUGGUGUGCGCCCGGACAGGCUUCCUCGAGCAAGGCUUGAUGGUCAGGGAUGCCAAGAGGCUGUGGCGGCAUUACACAGAGACCUUGCAGUUCAAGCUGGACGUGUUGUCCCUCGUCCCCACAGACCUGGCUUAUUUCAAGCUGGGCAUCAACUGCCCGGAGCUGAGGUUCAACCGCCUGCUGAAGUUUGCCCGGCUCUUUGAAUUCUUUGACCGCACAGAGACGAGGACCAGCUACCCCAAUGUCUUCAGGAUCGGGAACCUGGUUUUGUACAUCCUCGUCAUCAUCCACUGGAACGCCUGCAUCUACUUCGCCAUUUCCAAGUUCAUUGGUUUCGGGACAGACUCUUGGGUCUACCCAAACAUCUCAAACCCGGAGUACGGGCGCCUCUCCAGGAAGUACAUCUACAGUCUCUACUGGUCCACCUUGACCCUCACCACCAUCGGUGAGACGCCACCCCCUGUGAAAGACGAGGAGUACCUCUUUGUAGUCGUAGACUUCCUGGUGGGCGUCCUGAUUUUUGCCACCAUCGUGGGCAACGUGGGCUCCAUGAUCUCAAACAUGAACGCCUCCCGGACUGAGUUCCAGGCCAAGAUCGACGCCAUCAAACAGUACAUGCAGCUCCGCAAGGUGACCAAGGACUUGGAGACGCGGGUCAUCCGGUGGUUCGACUACCUGUGGGCCAACCGCAAGACGGUGGACGAGAGGGAGGUGCUCAAGAGCCUCCCGGACAAGCUGAAGGCCGAGAUCGCCAUCAACGUGCACCUGGACACCCUGAAGAAGGUCCGCAUCUUCCAGGACUGCGAGGCGGGGCUCCUGGUGGAGCUCGUGCUGAAGCUGCGGCCGGCGGUGUUCAGCCCCGGGGACUACAUCUGCAAGAAGGGCGACAUCGGGAGGGAGAUGUACAUCAUCAAGGAGGGCAAGCUGGCGGUGGUGGCCGACGAUGGGCUCACCCAGUUCGUGGUCCUCAGUGACGGGAGUUACUUCGGGGAGAUCAGCAUCUUAAACAUCAAGGGGAGCAAGUCAGGGAACCGCAGGACGGCCAACAUCCGCAGCAUCGGCUACUCGGACCUGUUCUGCCUUUCCAAGGAUGACCUGAUGGAGGCGCUCACCGAAUACCCUGACGCCAAGAAGGCCCUGGAGGAGAAGGGACGGCAGAUCCUCAUGAAGGACAACCUGAUCGACGAGGACCUGGCCAAGGCCGGGGCAGACCCCCAGGACAUCGAGGAGAAGGUGGAGCACCUGGAGUCCUCCCUGGACACCCUGCAGACCAGGUUCGCGCGGCUCCUGGCCGAGUACAGUGCCAGCCAGAUGGCGGUGAAGCAGCGCCUCAGCCAACUGGAAAGCCAGGUGCGGCUCUGUGAGCGCAGCCCCCUGCCCGAGGGGGUCGCACCGGAACCGGAGACCAAGCAGCAAUGAAGGCAGGGAGCCUGUCUCCUGCCCGGGGAGUCAGCUGUCCCUGGGAUACGAUAUAGCCCAAGGCAAGGGACUUGGCAGGAGCAUUCCAGCUCCCCCUGCCCUUUGCAGACAGAGAGCCUCAGCUUCCUCAUCUGGGAAAUGGGACUUGUUCUGUCCGCCAUGGUCAGGUGGCAGGUUCUUACGAGGUCCACAGGGAACCCUGCGAGGGGUGGGACUUUGUGGAGUGCACGUGUCCCCAGGCCAAGCAUAUGAAAUCGUGGACACUGAACUCUUAUUUUUUCACCCCUGAGGAAUUCUUAGACAUCUGACCUUCCCUUUGUUAUUCAUUAUGCCCGCCACCCCCGCCCCCUCUGGCACCUGCCUCCACCCCGAGCCUGGAAGGGGAUGUGUCUGAGGCAGAUUUCUGAAGCUGGUGCCUCCUCAGGGGCUCGUUGUGACCCUAGGAACCCAAGCCUUUGGGGGAACUGUGCCAAGCUCAGGACGAGGCAGGGUCACCCCAUCUGG